AUGAAAUAUUCUAAUUGUAAUAAUAGUAUUAGCAUUUUUGCUAUUUUGUUGCUGCUUCUUCAGAUCAGUUUGGCAACCAAGGGAUCCUCCAAAAAGGAUGACUCGUCAAUGUCACAGCAUCCAUGGAUCAAUCGUACAACACCAAACCUGUAUAGGUCGCUGAGGGAUUGGGUUUGGAAUGAGGAGUAUAGGAGAAGUAACAUAGUAUCUGACUAUUACUCACCACUGGCAAGUUGUGGAGAUGGUAAAUGCGAUGAAGGAGAGACAGUAUUCAAUUGUCCCCAAGACUGUAAGAGUUAUCCAGAAAUGGAACUGCCUGCCCCUUCUUGCAUGGGAUUAGCCAACGGAGUCCACUGCUAUCCGGAUGAUUGCUGUGGACUCUUGUUCGUUUGCAACAGUGGUAAGAUGUAUGGACCGAUGGAGCUUCCGCCUACCUCUGUUUGCUACCAAGGAUCAGUGAUUGAGGCAAGCGAUGCGCGCUGCAAGGGUGUCAGUUGUCCCGAUAUGAUUCCUGCUUCUUGCGGAGAUGGCGUUUGUGAGAUAUAUGAGAGUUGUAGCAGCUGUCCUGAAGAUUGUGGACCUUGUAACACAGAUCCAUCCCAGCCCGAACUUGAAGAAUGCGGUCCGAAUGAUAUCGGUUUUAUUUGCUAUCCUCACAACUGCUGCGGCUUUGUUCGUCAGUGUGUGUAUGGAGAAACAUCUCCUGUUUAUGCUGUUUUGGAUGGAGGACUGUGCUACGAUGGGAAAAUUGUCGAUAAGAAUGCUGAUGUUUGCAAGGGAAUCAGCUGUGAUAUUGCUCCAGGAGCGUAUUGUGGGAAUGGAAUAUGCGACGAAAAUGAAAAUUGCUGGAAUUGUCCUGAAGAUUGCGGAGUUUGCCCUACUUCGGCUCCUACUUCGGCUCCUACGACUUCACCACCUACCUCUAAACCUACUACAGCUCCUACGACUUCACCACCUACCUCUAAACCCACUACAGCUCCCACAACUUCACCCACGACUCCACCAUCCAAUCGCGUGUUUUUGGGUUACUACACAAAUUGGUCGCAGUAUCGAGCUGGAACUUCCCAGUACUUCCCUGAAAAUAUCGAUCCCACCAAGUUUACACAUCUUGUUUAUGCUUUUGCUUACAUCAAACGAGGAACCUGGGAGGUGGAGCAAGUGGAAUGGAAUGAUGUGAAUGAAUGGCAGCCAACACAAGGUCUCUACUACCGAUUCAACAGACACGUUCACUCCAGAAAUCCCUCUUGCAAAACGUUAUUGGCUUUCGGAGGAUGGAAUUUCAACUUCAAGGAUGAAUACAAAGAUAUCUUCACAACGAUGGCCGAAUCGGCUGAAAACCGAGCAAAGUGUAUUAGUUCCAUCAUUAGCUGGGUGCGAAAGCAUGAAUUUGACGGAAUUGAUAUCGAUUGGGAAUACCCAGCCAAUGAACCCUUGGGAGGAAGACCCCAAGAUUAUGAAAACUAUGUAUACUUCAUUCGGGAAUUGAGAGCAGCGAUUGAAGCGGAGGCUGUCCGUACGGGAAGGCCGCGAUUGCUACUGGUUCUCGCGGUUGCUGCUGGAUAUGAUAAGGUAGAAGCUGGAUACGAUGUUCCGAAUCUGGUGAAUGAGGUUGAUUUUGUGGAUGUGAUGGCUUAUGAUCUUCAUGGACAGUGGGAGAUGAAGACAGGAGCAGCGAGCGGUUUGUAUCCUCCUUCCAACUACGAGCCGGGAACGUUGGAAGAGUACUACACGGGAGACUAUGCCAUCCAGACCUGGAUUGCGAAAGGAAUGCCUCGAAACAAGAUCGUCAUGGGAUUGGCUGCCUAUGGACGAGGCUGGACACUUGCUAGUAGUGCUCCUGGUCAGGGAAUUGGCGCAGAAGCAAUUCGAGGAUGUGAACCCAUGAAAGACACACAGCAAGAGGGUGUGCUCAACUAUAUUGAAGCGCUAACGGUCAUCGCUUCAGGAGGCCAGGUGACUUAUGACGAAGCAACGACAACGAUGUAUGUGCAGAAAGGAGAUCAAUGGUACUCUUAUGAAGAUCCCUAUUCCAUUGUGAAGAAGGUUGACUACAUCAAGGAGCAAGGAUUGCUGGGAGCUAUGAUCUGGGCUGUGGACAAUGACGAAUUCUAUAACGGAAACCCGAUCAUUAGCGCCAUCUAUAACAAUCUGUUUACUGCUACAGCUAGAGCAGGCGAUGAGAAUGGAAACAAUGCAUCGAAACCUUCUGUUUUUGGAAUUGUCAUGAUGGUCAUCGCGGUGGUGGCAGUGGUUGCAGUGGUGGCUAUGGGAUACUUUAUUUAUCGAAGUCGGAAUGCUGAACAGCCUGCCGACAAGAAAUUGAAGGUGCUGAAACGCACGACCAGUAUUUAA